CUUCAGAGGAGGAGAGACAUUUAUUCAUUUGGUGGAUGAGGAAACGAACGGAGGGAGGGAUGAACAGAUAGAGGCACCGGCCAGUGAAUCAAUGAACGGAUCUCGACCUGGGCUUUUUCCAGAGCAACGAAGCGGUUUUGGACAUCAACCAACACUGGGCUGACCCAGAGCAGAACUCGGUAGAGUCCAGUGAAGGUCCAGAUCAGCAGAAAUGGCUCCCGCAGCCAUGUCUAAGCCUCCAUCCUCUCUGACCUCACUCUGCCCAUUCCACUUCUCUCCCUCUUCUUUCCUUCUCUGUUUCCUUCUCUCCUUCUUUUUGUUGCUGUCGUGUCCUGAAUCGGUCCACGCGAAGCAAAACUGCUCCGUUGGUGGAGACCCCUGUCAGGAAGGAGUGGUGCUGCCGGUCUGGAACCCUCAGAACCCCUCUGUAGGGGAUAAAGUGGCACGAGCCAUUGUUUACUUUGUAGCACUUAUAUACAUGUUCCUGGGCAUGAGCAUUAUAGCAGACCGAUUCAUGUCUUCUAUAGAGGUGAUAACCUCCCAGGAGAAGGAGAUCACCAUAAAGAGGCCGAAUGGUGAGACCACCACAGCCACAGUCAGAAUCUGGAAUGAGACCGUUUCUAAUCUCACUCUAAUGGCCUUGGGCUCCAGUGCCCCUGAGAUACUGCUGUCUGUUAUCGAGGUGUGCGGUCACGGGUUCGAGGCUGGCAAUUUGGGUCCCAGCACCAUUGUGGGCAGCGCCGCCUUCAACAUGUUCGUCAUCAUCGCCCUGUGUGUGUAUGUGGUUCCCGAAGGAGAGACGCGCAAAAUCAAACACCUUCGGGUGUUUUUUGUCACGGCAGCUUGGAGUAUCUUCGCCUACAUCUGGCUCUACCUGAUUCUGAAUGUCUUUUCCCCUGGAGAGGUGGAGGUGUGGGAGGCAGUGCUUACUUUCCUCUGCUUUCCCCUCUGCGUGGUCCAGGCCUGGGUGGCUGACCGCCGCCUUCUCUUCUACAAGUACGUCCGCAAGCGUUACCGUGCCGACAAGAAUCGCGGCAUCAUCAUUGAGACAGAGGGUGGGCCCGACGGGGGAAUAGGCAUUGAUGGAGGAGGAGGGGGCGGAGCGCUGGGUCCAGGGGGCUUCACCAAGAUGGACAUGCUGGAGCUGGAUGGACAGAUAGCACUGAACUGUCACAGCGGGAUGGAUGGAGGCAUGAUGGAGGCGGGAGGAGCAAAGGAUGAUGAGGAAGAGGCUAGGAGAGACAUGGCGAGGACACUAAAGGAACUGAAGCAGAGGCAUCCGGAUAAAGACAUGGAGCAGCUGAUUGAGAUGGCAAAUUAUCAGGUCCUGAUGCAGCAGCAAAAGAGCAGAGCAUUUUACCGUAUCCAGGCGACGAGGAUGAUGAUCGGCGCAGGCAACAUCCUCAAGAAGCACGCUGCUGACCAGGCCCGCAAGGUGGUAAGCAGUCACGAGACCCAGGCUCAGGAGGAUGACCCUCACACCAUCAGGAUUGAGUUUGAACCCUCUUUGUACCAGUGCUUUGAAAACUGUGGCUCCCUGAAACUGACCGUUGCCAGACAUGGGGGCGACCCCGGAGUUACUGUGAAGGUGGAUUAUCGCACAGAGGACGGCACAGCCAACGCAGGCUCAGAUUAUGAGUUUGCAGAGGGAACGCUGCUGUUCAAGCCAGGAGAGACCCUCAAAGAGAUCACAGUCGGCGUCAUUGACGAUGACAUCUUUGAGGAAGAUGAGUAUUUUUACGUGCACCUCAGUAACCCCCGUGUGGUUGGCUAUCCGGAGAUUGGCACCGCGCCUCAGGAUGCCAGCGUUACCCCGAAAGCCGUGCUGGGUGACAACCACACUGCCACAGUGACCAUCUACGAUGAUGAUCAUGCAGGCAUCUUUACAUUUGAAAGUGCCACUCAGAGGGUGAGUGAAAGUGUUGGUGUAAUGGAGGUGAAGGUGCUCAGGACGUCAGGGGCUCGAGGCCUGGUCGCCAUUCCCUAUCAAACCUUGGAUGGAACCGCUAAGGGAGGGGAGGACUAUGAAAUGGCUGCUGGCAAGCUGGAGUUUCAGAAUGAUGAGACCAUGAAGGUCAUUGAGGUGAAAAUCAUUGAUGAUGAAGAGUAUGAGAAGAACAAGACCUUCACCAUCGAGCUGGGAGAGCCUGUUCUGUUGGAGAUAGGACAGAAACAUGGUGACUCCAAUGAAAACAAGCCAUUGGUGGGGGCAGAGGAGGAAGAAGUGGCCAAGAUGGGCUGUCCCAGUUUGGGUGAACACACACAGCUAGAAGUGGUCAUAGAAGAGUCCUAUGAGUUCAAGAGAGCAGUAAAUACACUUAUUAGGCAGGCUGAAAAGAGUACAGUAGACAAGCUGAUCAAGAAGACAAACCUGGCCUUGGUGGUGGGAAGCAGCAGCUGGAGGGAGCAGUUUGUCAGUGCCGUUACAGUCAGCGCAGGAGAUGAUGACGAGGAGGAGAGUGGCGAGGAGCGGCUGCCAUCCUGCUUCGACUACAUCAUGCACUUCCUCACUGUCUUCUGGAAGGUUCUGUUUGCCUUCGUCCCUCCCACAGAGUACUGGAAUGGUUGGGCCUGCUUCAUCGUCUCCAUAUCACUUAUCGGAGUCCUCACGGCAGUCACAGGUGAUCUGGCAUCUCACUUCGGCUGCACGAUAGGACUGAAGGACUCGGUGACGGCUGUGGUAUUUGUAGCGCUGGGAACAUCGGUGCCAGACACAUUUGCCAGCAAGGUUGCUGCCAUCCAGGACCAGUAUGCCGACGCCUCCAUUGGCAACGUCACCGGCUCCAAUGCAGUGAACGUCUUUCUGGGCAUUGGCGUGGCAUGGACCAUCGCUGCCAUCGCCUGGCGUUCCAAGGGCAAACCUUUCAAGGUGGACCCGGGAAAUCUGGCCUUCUCUGUCACCCUCUUCACUAUCCUGGCUGUGGUGUGCGUGCUCACACUACUGUACCGGAGGCGGGCGACAGUGGCUGGCGGCGAGCUGGGCGGGCCACGGACUUGCAAAUUGCUAACGUCGCUGAUGUUUGUCUCAUUGUGGCUGAUUUACAUCCUGCUGGCUUCACUGGAGGCCUACUGCCAUAUACCAGGGUUUUAAGUGGAGAGUCGAGCGAGUAAGGAGAGCGAGAGAGGCCCACUGCCAAUAUGAGGAGGGAGAGAGAGAGAGAGAGAGAGAUGGAGCUGUCUUCAGAGAGGGAGACGAGAUGAAUCAAUAUGGGCCGACUUUUCAGGAAAUCUUUAAAUCCGUCCAAAGACUAUUUCAGUUUUUCAUCAGAUAUAUUUUUUUUCCCUUCAUUCUUUCUGUCCUGAAAAAAAGAAAGUGAAUCCUCCUAAAGACUAAAAUGUUCCAGUUAUGUCCAAAAUAAUUUUUUAGUCUGGCAUUGGCAGCUCUUUUAGGCAGGAAGACCCACCCUCUAGUCUAGGGAAUAGGAAAUUUGUCAGAUAAAACAAAAUUUAAAAUACAACAUCAUGAAAAAAAAAAGGAUUUAGAGGGCACCUUUAACAUCAGCAGUGGACAGUAAAGUGUUUACAGGCCCAGAACAGCUGGGGGGAAAAAGAUAAUCAGCUGGCUUCUGAAGAGAAAAUAGGUUGAGAGGAAGGAUUAAGGAUGAGAGAUGGAAAAGCUGAGAAAGAAACUGGAAGCAACAGAAAAGAGAAAGUGUGGAUAGCAUAGACAAGAAUAUGUGGGCAAAAAUGUCCUACAGUCCUGCAUCCGUCACUCUUUCGCUCCCUCCAUCUUUACAGUAUCAGUGGAUGUUCCUAUUUUAAUGUUUGAACUCUAAAACUGACAGUGACUUAACACUUUUAAUCCCUCUUCCAACAAAAUGUACACACACAUACACACAGUUUGGCGUCCUCGGGUGAUUCCACAGUAGAGGGCCAACUUGUGGAUGAGAUGAAAACUGACCACUUCUUUUUUUUAAUCUUUUUGUCCUUUCUCCUCGAUACCUGUGCAAAAAUCGUCCCUCCACCCUUCAAUGCACCAUACUCUUUCCUCUGCCCCGUGCUCUUGCCUUACUUUAUCUCCCCUGUAGGAAUAAAGUCUUAAAGUUGUGAUAAUCAAAUGUUGUAGUCACCAACCAACCUGCCCUCUUUUUAAUUGAGCCAGCCUCACAUCCGUUUAAUGCCGAGCCCACUCCCCACACUUUCUACUAAACCUUUCAGUGGCGUCACGUGUUGAUGUUGUUACCGUGCAAUUGUAAAAAAAAAAAAUAAUAAUAAAAUAACAACAGUGAAAAAAACAUAUAAAUACAAUGUGAUCAGAUAACGGAUAAGGAAAUUGGAACUGAAGACAUCUCUAAAGUGGGAUGAAGAACCAACAAGCACGCAGUCCACAGAGAAAUAGCUGAAGCGUUGUGCACUACAUAUUGUGAGGUGCAUUGUUUACACUUUAAUCUACAGAGAAAUGUGAACAGCUAGAGCCAAGCAGGGACUUCUGUAAUGCCGUCAACAAACAACACAAGAAUGAGAAAGAAGGAGCAACUACGAGACUACGAAGACAGCAGUGAUGACGGUGUUGAUGACAAAUCAAAACUUAUAAACAUAGCCAGUGUUUCGAAUUGUACAUGAUAACAGAAACUGUCAUUGAUGUGUGUGUGUGUGUGUGUGAGAAGUCAUUGAUAGUUCCCCCUAUGUAAAGCCCCUCUCUGCGAGUAAAACUCUGGAGGUAUUCAAGAAAGACUCACAUGUCCCUUUUUUCUCAGAACAAACAAAAGAAAAAGAGACAUUUUUAAGGAAACCCACUGCAACAGGAAAUGUGUGAACAGAAAACCGGAGAAGAGUGAGACACUUUGAGGGGAAACGUACAGCAGCUCCGACAUACCACAUGGCUGUUCUGCUCCAGUCGGGACAUUUCUUUGUAAUCUGGAAAAAAAAAAAAUCACAGGUGUGUGUUAUCCAAAGAUGAGAUAGAAGAGCAUAGUCACAGGUCACAUUUUCAGUGUGCAGUCUCACAAGCUGCUGGUUGUAGUUUCUAUAUUUAAAAAAAGAAAACUGGCAAGUUGAAAAUCAUAAGUGUUCACACUACAGCUGUAUGUGCUAAAUGGGUUAAAAAAAUGGGUAAAACUGUGCUAUUUAUUAUGUUUUUGUUAACUGUUUUUUUUGUGGUACUCAGGCGUGGUGGUGUGUGUGAAAGUGAAAGUAAAGUACUCCAAAUAGGUAAAAAUGAGAAUAUUAGGCCCUAUAUUGUGUGAAAUCGGCUGUUUUGUCAUCAAUGUCCGUCUUUGAAAGUGUCAAAGCCCAGAUCUGCAUUAUGUGGUGUUAAUAGCCCGGUCCUGCCCGGAGGCUGCACUGAAGCUGGACAGAAGGAUGGCAUAUGGCUUGUCAGUGUAGAUUCUUAUUAAAUGCUUUCCCUUUGUUAACAACAGCACAGAAAGAGGUAUUCAGGAGGAAGUGAGCGAUUUUCCUCUCAACUACCCACCACGCUGACUGUGAUCUUCAAGGAAAAUCAUUAUGAGAGAAAACAAUAAUUUAGCUUUUUUGGGAUGUUGACUGACAGAAGAAAAAACAACAAUUUAUCUGCCCACCGUCCUGAUUGUUAAAUAUGAACAACCUUCCCGCUGCUUUCAGCCCGGUAUAAAUGCAGGCAUGACAAAGCCACCUUAGGUGGGAUCAAUCCACACCUCUGGUGCAGCCUCACCAGGUUCAGUGCUUGUAAAAACAGAAGAUAAGUGGGUGAUUUGGAGCAAACAGGCAUUUCUCUGUGGGGGUAAGCAUGCCUGUAUGCAUCACACCUUCCCUCUAAUGUGACAUUUCUAUGCUACAGCAGUUCCCUUUGCAUUGUGAGAGCUACAAUCAGAACCUUUAUUGCAGGAAGUCAGGGAAAUAUGCUUUUUCAGCCCACUUUUAUUGAUAGAGUUUGGAUGUCCCUCUGCAAAUAUUUAACAUUGCUCUCCAGAAGUAAAACACAAUGGCAUAAACAGAAUCACCAACUCACAGAAGAGCUGUUCUGCAGCUCGUACAGAUUAAGGGUCUUGGUCAGAGAGGUUUCAGCCUGUUAGGUGGAGGAUUUAAAAGUGCUGAGGUCAUGUCAAGUCAACCUAAGGCAACUCCGCUGUCCACGUGAAAGGCUGGGAUAGUCCCAGAGCCAAAAUUUGAAAAAUUGUCACUUUGGGAAGAUGUAAACCGGAGGUGUUCAUUGAGUUGUUAACAGUUUGCAGGCUACCUGUGGAUCACUUUCAUCCAUCCAUCCAUCCAUCCAUCCAUCCAUUUUCUUCCACUUAUCCUGUUCAGGGUCAUGGGGGGGCUGGAGCCUAUCCCAGCUGACAUAGGGCAAGAGGCAGGAUCGCCUUGAUACUAAGCUAAAUAUAAAAUUUUUAAUGACUCCUAUUCAGAUAAUUUGGUGUUUGAAAUGAAUAUAGUAGCUAAUGAUAAGUCUCAAUUAAACUAAAAAAUGUAAGUUACGUUUGUAUGUUCGGGUUUGCCUUCAACAUCAAAGCAGCCACAACUCUAACUUUUAUUCCUAACAGAGAAAGAAACAUUAGUCAUGUUUGGACAAACCACUUUUUUAACGUGUGAAUUUCAUGGCUGACGUUGGAAAUUUUGACAUGGCAGAGUAUGGAGCCAGCCUCAAAAGGCCAUUAGAGGAACUGCAGUUUGUUUGUUUUUUUGACGCUCCCAUUUUGCCUCCAUUUGUCAGUCGUUCCUAACUCAGACUCCAUUCACUCAGCAUCGGAUGUGUCAACCUCAUUAAAUCACUCACCAGAAUUCAUCCUCUUGGCAUCAUGAAUCUUGAGCCAGUUUAUCCAGCAUUCUGAGCCUCACAGCAUCAUGUCUUAAGUUUCCAUUACAAAAGACAUGACCUCAGUGUCCUCAGAUGUAGACUGCAGGCUUGGGUGCUUGGUGAUGAGGUCAAGGAAUCAAUAUCACUCAGAUCCUUUAAUUAUCUCUGAUUGUUUGGGCUUAGCGCACAGUAUGUUCAAACAUAGGCGUGAACCCUCCACGAUGGAGAUCAUCAAACAGUUUGAAGGUUUGACAUGACUUGCACACUGGCAUGGUCCCUGGUCUGCUUUGAGCCUGUCAGCAGGGCCAAACUCUUUUUUUUUCUCAAUGACUUAAGUUCCGUAACAGUUGCCAGUUUACGAGUGAGUGGGCAGGAUAAUAGUGCUGCUGACGCCACAGGAAGACAGGAAUACUGGGACGGAUUUAGAAAUGUAGGCUUUUUAAAGGUGGAUAAGCCUUGCUGGAGGACGGCUGAGAGUGUUUGCGUGUGUGUCUGAGUGUGUGUGUGUGUGUGUGUGUGCCUGGUCUCUGAGUAAAUGAAGAAAUGCAACCAUAUUUUUAGUCUUUUGCCUGUUGCUUAGCGACCAUCUAUCUGCUAGCCGUUGUCGUCUUGACUGUUGCUGGUGGUGUUUUGUGUGUGUGUCAGAGAGAGAUUUUUUUAAUAUUUCUCGGCUACCCUUGUUCUAAUGAAUGUGAGAGUAUGGACGACUGACAAAUUAAAGGAAAAAAAAUAAGUACGUUGCUCUGCUUCCAGCUCCCGCAUAGUUUGAUUGUGCUGGACAUAUGGAUCACCAUACUUCCGAAAGAUCUUCCCUCAUUUGGUUUUGAUGAUGGUGAUAAUAUGUUAAAAAUCUCACAUAAAUGUUCAUUUAGGUUGAGAUCUGGUGUCUGGUCAGAUCAUUCAGUGAACUACCAAUGGGAAUGUGGCUGAGAUGAUCACAGGGGGUCACAAAUGCGUAUUGCUUUGUGGUGACCCGUCCCUGUAAACGCCCCUCACAGCAUAACUGAGCCAACAAAUCCACGCUUUCAUUGGCUUCAGGUUUUUCCUUUAAAUUGUCGCACGUCUGUUACGUCUGUGUGUUUCUUUUACAUCCCCGUGCCUCCCCUUGUUUGUGUGUGUAUCCAUUGUAUGUCUAUGUCUGUUUGUGCCUUUAGAUGUGCUGAUGUGUCUGUGUGGGUUGCUGUUGUAAUCUCCUUACAAGGGCUCACCCCGUGAGUCCCAUAUGUUAGAUUAAUGAAUCUGAAUGCCAACUGGAUUUUCUGUCCUCUGUAUGUGUAUAUGUGUGUGUCUGACAGGGAGACAGGUAAAUUGUGGCUGGUAUUCUACCCCCACCAGGUGUACGUAUGUGUGUCUGUGCCUGUCAAAUGAGAUUAGAUAUAGAAUCGAUCUGGCUGUCUAUCAAGACCGGGAAUAGAUAUUUUCUUGAAAAAAGUAUGCAUGUGUGUUUCUGUGCCUGUCGCACACGGAGGUCACAGACUCCACAUGGCUACAGGCAGACACACUUGUGCACACAGAUGAGUGUCUCAUCGUCUGUUCACAUGCAGACAUUCAGAAGAUUGAUGCAAAAAUCUGCUGAGUAAGCUUCACACAUGACCACACACGCGCACACAUUUGCUGAUUUGCAGUGUGUUUGUGUGUAUGUGUGUGCUAGUCCAGCUAUAGUGAGGACCAGAUGGCGUUUGUAGACCACUGCAGUGAGGACACUUUGGGAAAUUAAGGACCUUUUGACCUGUCCUCACUUUUUCAACCAGUUUUGGUGUGUGGUGUGUGUGUGUGUGUGUGUGUGGUGUGUGUGUGGUGUGUGUGUGUGUGUGUGUGUGAGUGUACACCUGAACGCUGGUGGCAUUGUUCUGCUGUUAUAUUUACAAUCAUUCAUUAAUUUUUCCAAUAGCCAUUGUUCCAUGGUUAGUAUUAUUUUUAUGACUACAUAAAUGUCUAGCAGCUGAUUCAUGUGGAAAAUAGAAGAGAUUAUUUAAUUAAUAGAUAAAUAUAUAACAUGGAUAAAAACAGACAAAACACCCAACCUUGAAAAAAUUCAUGUGCAAAUGUAUAAACUUCAUUUUUAUUUCAGAGGGGUUUUUUUCUGAUUUUUUUUUAAUUACCUAUACAGAAGUACAUAGUAGUAAAAUCUCACCUUGUCUAUAGUAAAAUAAAAGGGUUUUGUGUGUGUGUGUGUGUGUGUGUGGUGUGUGUGUGUGUGUGUGUGUGUGUGUGGUGUGUGGUGUGUGGUGUUUGAAUCUUUUAUUUAGCAUUACUGUAAAAUUACAGUUGUUAGAUAAAACAGGACCAGUUGAAUUUUUUUAAAAAGGGAUGGAAUGACAAACAUUUUAAAAAUGGAACUCAUUAAUUCAUAACUAUUUAUCAAUGGUAAUGUGAAAUAUAUUGUCUGCAUUCAUUUAUAUACAGUAAACAUUUCUUUUAUAGUACCUUGUAUAUUUCUCUAUUAUUGAACCCUUUGGUUCUCUACACUGUAGUUUCAGGCAGAACAUGUGUGCAAUUUCACACAGUGAUGAGUGUGCUGUAUAAGAAUUUGGUACAAGUAAGACCUGAACAAAUUCAUAAAGAAUAGAUUUUCAGCAUUUUUGUGCUUUGCCACAUUUCUAGUGUAUCCACGUUUAGGACUAAUAUCUUUAGAUCAAUGUGUUUAGUUUCCAGGUUCUUCUUUUGUUCACCCCUUCUACUCCACUAUGUUGCUCUCUACCUUGCAAAUAUUUAUAUAUUUUUCUCAAUUUAUACUCACUGCCCUAUUUAUGAGCUCACAAAGUGCUUUUUGAUAUAAACAUCUGUUGUUUGUUUGUUUUUCAUUCAUUUUAUUAUUAUCUUAUUGUACUUUUCAUUUAAUUUGUUUCAUUGUUUUGUGUUGUUUUCCUGAUUUUCAUGAAAGAUAAAAAAAAAUCCCUCAAGGAGUAGAAGAACAAUGUAAGAGUGUGCUCUUAUUCUUUUAUUUUAUGUGUGUGUGUGUGUGUGUUGUGUGUGUGUGUGUGUGUGUGUGUGUGUGGUGUGUUUGUGGUGUUGUGUGUGUGUGUGUGUGUGUUCAUGCUAUACUGUGCAAGAGUGCGUCAUUGCAUGAAUUAAAGUCAUUCAGAAUACAGCGUUCGAUGUUGGAAAUGUAGUAGUAAAGAGUAAAGUAUUUUUAAAUGCUGAAAAUGAUAUGAUAUGAAAAAUGAUAUAUAGACCAAACUUUUCUCUCUCUUUUUUUCAAAGAUGAAAUAAAAUGUAACUGGAAAAUG